AUGGACUCCUCGUUGCUUGAGGUCUGGCAAGCUGCUGCUAGCACGCCGUUCCAACCCGCUGUCGCCAAGGAUUCCCAAUUCUUCAUUGCGUUCCUUCUUCUCCUCAUUGGCGUUGCUAUCACUGGUUUCUUCGCUCUGAACCGUUCCCUCAUCAACAUCCCAGCGCUUGGCGUGCCUGCCUCAGCUGCAAUUGCAUUCGGCACGGUUUACAUGUUCUGCGCGGUCGGAGUCUACGUCUAA